UGGGGAGGCAGGAGGUGCUGAGGGGGGCCAGGCACCCUGCUGCCCUGUGGGUGUGAUCCCCACAGUCCUGCCCUGUGUGGCCACAGGACAGGCAGUGCCUAGCCUCCAUCCCCACCUGAACACAGUGGGCAGGUGAGGUGAACUUUGUGCAACAGGAAAAAUAACACAUACAAAAACCUUCCCCACGGAGCUUCACCGGCUGGUAUUGCUGUCAAGGCUUCUCACGCCUGGCAGCCUCUGGGCUGGGCUGAGGCCUGUCUUCCAGGCCCCAGGGUGGGGCAUGCUCAGGGUGCUCUGCCGGGGCCUCCCUGGUGUGCCCAGCCCUACUUGAAUGUAUCCCUGAGCAUCUGCAGAGGAAGGUGUGGGUCGGUGGUGCCCACAGUCUGGGUUCAAAGGUCAUGUGCCACAGGCACAAAACCUGUGGUCUUCCUUGCAAUACUUGAAAUGUCGCCACUGUGCUUGGACGGAUGAGAAAACACCCCACCCGUCUCCCUCCUCGCCCUCGGCUUCCCCUCUGCAUGUCACGUGUUAGUAUUUAUUGCUUUACGCCGAAUGGAACCCAGGACGAACCCAGGGCUGUGGCAGACUGGUGCGCGGGAGGCCACGCCCUGCCUCCUGUCCUCCCUGGUCCCUCCUGGUGCCCACGGCUGUGCUGCGUGUGCUGUGCGUGGAUGCUGUCCUCACGAGGUGGUGCUCGGGCCGUGUCUUGUUAAGAUACAGCAGGAGCAAGCGCUUCUCCUCCCAGGAUUCCUGCGUUGGGCCUUGGCUCACGGCGCAGAUGAAGCUGCGGUCCGGGAGGAAGCCCCGCCCGCAGGCAGUCAGGCCCCACCCCCAGACAGCCAGGCCCCGCCCCCGCCCCGCCCCAGUCCCUCACCAGCCCCUCCUCCGCCCUACCUCGGCCCGGAGGACGUUUGGGCCCGGUCGGCUGCCGUCCGGCGCUCUCCCACUUCCGCCCUCGCCCACGUGGUCGGCCUCGGUUCCGUCGGCGGCCCCUGCCCACUAUGGCCGGGAAGGAGGCGCCCCCAGCACGGGCCGCACACCAGCAGGACAGAAAGGCCCGAGGUGGCUGGAUUUGGGAGGACACGCAGCACCCGUCCAAGAGGCUCAGGGGCAGCGAGGACGAGGAGCAGCCGAGAAAACUGCCCAAGCGCAAGAUUGUACUGCUCAUGGCCUACUCAGGGAAGGGCUACCACGGCAUGCAGAGGAAUGUGGGAUCCUCACAAUUCAAGACAAUCGAGGACGACCUGGUGUCUGCCCUGGUCCGGGCAGGCUGCAUCCCUGAGAAUCACGGUGAAGACAUGAGGAAAAUGUCCUUCCAGCGCUGUGCCCGCACGGACAAGGGUGUGUCUGCAGCUGGCCAGGUAGUGUCCCUGAAGGUGUGGCUGAUCGACGACAUUCUAGACAAGAUCAACAGCCACCUUCCCUCCCACAUCCGGAUUCUGGGGCUGAAGCGGGUCACGGGUGGGUUCAACUCCAAGAACAAGUGCGACGCCAGGACUUACUUCUACAUGCUGCCCACCUUCGCCUUUGCCCACAAGGACCGAGAUGUGCAGGACGAGACCUACCGCCUGAGCACAGAGACCCUGCAGCAGGUCAACAGGCUCCUGGCCUGCUACAAGGGCACCCACAACUUCCACAACUUCACCUCGCAGAAGGGGCCCAGGGAGCCCAGCGCCCGGCGCUACAUCCUGGACAUGUACUGCGAGCAGCCCUUCCUGCGCGAGGGUCUGGAGUUCGCAGUCAUCAAGGUGAAGGGCCAGAGCUUCAUGAUGCACCAGAUUCGGAAGAUGGUGGGCCUGGUGGUGGCCAUUGUGAAGGGCUAUGCCCCCGAGAGCGUCUUGGAGCGCAGCUGGGGGGAGGAGAAGGUGGACGUGCCCAAGGCCCCGGGGCUGGGCCUGGUCCUGGAGAGGGUGCACUUUGAGAAGUACAACCAGCGCUUUGGCGGCGACGGGCUGCACGAGCCCUUGGACUGGGCGCAGGAGGAGGGGAAGGUGGCGGCCUUCAAAGAGCAGCACAUCUACCCCACCAUCGUCAGCACGGAGCGGGACGAGCGGUCCAUGGCCCAGUGGCUGAGCACCUUGCCCGUCCACGACUUCAGUGCCACUGCGCUUGCGGCGGCCCGCCCAGGCGCCAAGGUCCCCAGUCCCCUGGAUGGCAGCGAAGGGGAUGGGGACGGAGACACUGACUGAAGCUGUGGGGCUGAGGUGAGAUCAGGGGACUCGAGUCGAGCUGCCAGGUGUGGCAGGCUGCCCCUCAGGAUGCCUGUCCAUCGCAGGAGUGCUGCCUGGCCACCUCCAGCCCUUGCCUUCCUGCGCAUGCCUUGGCAUGUGAAGACACUAUUUUUGUAAGAAGCGAUUUUCUUAUUAAAUGAGUAUGUUUUGCUUAGUGAG